AUGAUGGACCCUUAUGAUUUCACGUGGAUCUUUGGCGUUGGUAUGGUCGUCGCCUUCACUGACGCUUACGGUAUCGGUGCUAACGACGUCGCAAACUCGUUCGCCAGUUCCAUCUCGUCCGGUUCUUUGACGCUUGUGCAGGCUGUUAUCAUUGCCUGUUUCACUGAAUUCUUGGGUGCUUUAUUGCUUGGUUCCGGUGUUACCUCCACUAUUAAAAACGGUAUCAUUGAAAUCUCAUUGUUCGAUGAAACUCCCGAGAUGCUUAUGAUGGGCAUGAUGUGUGCCUUAAUUGGCUCUUCUACAUGGGUGUUGACUGCUACUCGAUUCGGCUGGCCCGUUAGUACCACUCACUCGAUCAUUGGCGCCAUCUGUGGCUUUGGUAUUGCUGGUUUCGGUGGCAGUGCUGUCGACUGGACCUGGGAUGGUAUCAUUCAGAUCGUUGUUUCAUGGUUCUUGUCGCCCUGCCUUGCUGGCGCCAUUGCAGCCAUCAUCUAUCUCAUCACCAAGUACACCGUGCUCCGCCAGGUUGACAGUGUCAAGUGGGGUCUUCGUCUUGUACCUGUUUACUUCUUCGUUACCGUGUUUGUUAUUGUCUUGUACGUUUGCUUCAAGGCUCCUGGCGCUGAGGAAGCCGAAUUGCCCAUUAGCCACAUUAUCGGUAUUGCUCUUGGUUGCGGUGGUGCCAUCGGUAUCUACAUGGCUGUCUUUCUCUGCCCAUGGCUCAAGCGCGUUGUCGUCGACCGUGAAGACGUUAAGUGGUACCAUAUUCCUAUUAUUUGGUGGGUCCCCAAGCAACGCUCUAUCGAGGAAGGUCUUCAAGCCGCUCGCGAAGAACUCGAAGAAGCCGCAGCCAAUGAUCAAAUCCCCAAGGCUGAUGACGAAGAAAAGCUCGCCGGCGAUGAUCAUACCUCUAAAAAACUUGCUAUGGAAGAUGCUGAUGCCGAGUCCAAAUCUGCCACCGAACAGGAACCAUCGUCCAAAACUUUCGGCGAACGCCUCCAUCAAAUUAAGGACCGUGUAUUGGCUGUCUUGUUGCACGGUAUUCGCCAGGAUGUUCGCAACCUGAACAACGAUAAGCUCAAGAAAAUGCACGCAGCCGCCGAAGUUUACGAUGAUGAUGUCGAGUUCAUGUUCUCGUACUUGCAGAUCCUUACCGCUAUUGUUGCUUCGUUUGCUCACGGUUCCAACGAUGUCUCGAACGCUGUCGGUCCCUUGGCUACCAUCUACGAUAUCUGGCAACGCGGCACUGUUGGUACAGAAUCGACUGUUCCGAUUUGGGUUCUCGCUUAUGGUGGUGCUGCUAUCGACAUUGGCCUUGCGACUAUGGGUUACCGUUUGAUGCGCGCCAUGGGUAACAACAUCACUCGAUUGACUCCAAGCCGUGGUUUCGCUGCUGAAUUGGGCGCUGCUUUGACCGUUCUUACUGCUUCUCAGUUGAGCUUGCCUGUCUCCACUACCCAUUGUAUGGUUGGUGCUACUGUUGGUGUUGGUCUUUGCAAUGGCAAUCUCCGUGCGGUCAACUGGAAGAUGCUUGCUCUUACCUUCUUUGGCUGGAUUUGCACAUUGCCGGUCGCUGGUCUCGUAUCUGGUCUUAUUUAUGCAUUCUGCGCCUAUGGCCCUUCCUUUGUUUACCUUCGUUAAAAAAUUAUACACUCAUUUCUGACAAUUUGAUCUGCUUUUUUUUUCUAUAUUUUCUCUUAAUAUUUAUUUUAUAUCUCAUGUGUACAUAUACGACUACUGCUGCAGGAAAAAACAG